AUGAGCCAUGUCUCCGGGCAUGACGCCGUAUUCAAUCUCCUGACGCUGGUCAUUACCACAUCGCCCACACCGUCAGCGCCGUCGACUGAGCUCCUCUCCGGCGUGCUCGAGUCAUUCCAGACGCACUGCGAUGUGCUGCUUCGAUGCAGCGUGAUUGUGGUAUUUGACACCUAUGAGCACGUCACGGCAACACCGCGCUUGAAAAAGGGGCACGUCACGCCGGAGACGGCGGAAAAAUACAGCGCCUACAAGGACAAUGUAAAGGCGCUGUUCCUAGAGGCGUUUGCCGAUGACGCCGCCGAGAGAACACAUUUGAUGGAGACGUCAAGCGAGGCCGAGUAUGGCUCGCCGCACCUCGCCACGCCUGUCCCGCUCACCCUGGCCUCUACAGAAGACGGCCGGGUGCGCUUCAUCGAGGCGCAGGGUCGCCGUCUCGGCUUCGGCCUGGGCGUGCGCAGCGCUCUCCGCAACGUCACCACGCCAUAUGUCUGGAUUCACCAGCACGACUGGCGCCUCAUCUACGACAUUCCCGUCGCUUCCUUUCUCAGCGUCAUGCAGGCUUCCACAAACAACGAGACGGCGCCCAUCAAGUACAUCUGCCUGCCCUCGGGCCGUCGCUCCUCCUACGCCACCUCGGAGCAAGUCGUGCCCUAUCCGGCGCUGCGCAAAGUCUCUCUUGCGCUCACCGGCGACUACCCUCCCACCGUGUCCUACGUCGACGCCCUGCCACCAGCCGUCGUCCCGCUGACGCCCAUGUUCUUCUGGCACGACAAGCCGCACGUGGCCGCGACGGCGCACUACCUGGCGCGCGUCUUCCCCACGCGGCUGGCCAUGAUGCGCGGGGCAUUUAUCGAGGAUACCAUGGGCCAGCAGGCGCGCAACCAGAUGAAGGACGGGCAGUGGCAGAAGUGGGCCACGUGGCUGUACAACCCGGACCAGGGCAUGAGCGCGUGCCUGCGACACCUACACGGGCGGACUUGGAGGGGCGAAGAGGAGGAGGAGCGGCUGAGGAGUCUGGCGGUGCAGAGGGGGAUGGAGAAGCGGACGAGUCGGGACGGGAGUGCGUCGGCGUCGGAGAGCAGGGCCUGCGAUUCCGGUCUUGGAUUGAUGCUCUAG